AUUUCUUUAUUUUCCGUCUCUUGCGAUCUGCUUGUGAUCGAGCCAGUUCUGUUGUGGGAUGUUUUCGCUUAGUGCCUAAGGCGACAAGGAUUCCUUUACGUCCGUGCUUCCAUGCAAGCGCAGUCAGCGUUGAUUAAAGAACAGACCUGUUGUCCUUUUUUAUAUCGUGGUAUCUCUUUGUCUUAUUAUUAUCCAUCCAUGUCAAUACUUGCGAAUUCGUCCGCAACAGCCUUGUUUUGUACAGCCACGCUCUGCAAGUACUUGUGCUGCUACUACUCUGUACAUGACUACGCACUUGCAUUCAGUUGGAUAUGUAUCCAAAGGGUUACAGACGAUUACUCACGGAAUCAUCUAGCUAGAGACACUGACUCUAACCCCCACUCCAUGAGUUUGAAGAAUGGUGGGGAUAAUACUAUCGCGCUCAUUUUUUUUUUCUCGCGGACUCCGGAAUUGUUACUCUGUCCGUACUCCACGACCUUUAUUAUCGUCCCUGCUUAUAUGUUCAAGCCGUUCUCAACGGUCCGUGCUACGGCUUCGGGUUCUACGGACCAUCACCCAUCACUCCAGGCUAAUUUAUACGGACAUCUCGUCGCAUCAUGGCUGCCGUUUUCAAUCAUCGAACAGUGUUUCGCUGAAAUCAUCUUCAAUCGUAUCUUGAACACAAUCAACCAGAAAUCCUGCUGUUUGACGGUGGACAGAAACUUCCCCGCUCCAGUCGCUCGUAAUAUCCGUCCGGAAUGUCAAUCUAUCCCAAACAGGUAGGCCGAUAUUUCAUACGUCGAAACCGCAUGAUCUGGUCCACAGCAGUAUUGGGACUUGUUGUCACACUGCAUAAAGAAGACAGGGUUCUCAUUAAAUCUACCCACCUUAGCGCCGCGUCUUUCCGCUUCCCCGACUAAGAAGGAAUGUGGUCCAAUCGCAUUGUCGCAUUCCUUCCUUUCCCGAUAGCCAGCCAGCCUUCUCUUAGAGAGAAGAAAAGAAAAGAUGCAAAGGAAAAGAAGAAGCACUGCGGCCCGUUCCAGAUAGGCAAGUCUCACGGGUUUUGCGGACAAUGAUUUUCCGUCGUACAACCUUGUGUAUAGUGGUAUAUAUAUUUAUUAUUAUUAGCUAGCUGACGUUGCAAAGUUUUGUACCUGUACGAACGCUUGGUACUUCGUAUUCUGUGGUCUUGUAUGGAAGUACAGUACAUCUACAGAAGCAUUCUUGGCAGGACAUCUCCGAUAAAAGAGCGACUAUGUGUGGAUCAAAGCAAU